UGCGAGACAGUCUCCUCCCCCAUUAGUGGAUGAGAGAGAGAAAAGUGCUUGUCUGCCUCACAGGAAGAAGUUGAAAACAUGCAAGUAGAUAGAUAGCAAGUAGACCUCAGCGCCAUUUAGGUUUUUAGGUUUGUCUCGUUUUUCAGGGUUCAACAGAAAAUGCGGUUCUGCCUCUAACUCUCCAAAUUGACAUUUUGGAGAAAUGAAGUUGAGCACAGAACCGAGGAUAUCUGUAACUCUACCAUAUCAGCAACUUUGAUCUCACUCAAGCAAAUCAGGCGUUUACGCGAAAAUCACUGCAUGUCCUUUCCUUGGACUCUAGGAGUUACCACUGAAGUUGGAGAAACAUGUCAGACCACAGGUCCAGCUUUCUUCACAUUGGAGACAUAGUUUCCCUCUACGCGGAAGGCACUGUCAAUGGCUUUAUCAGCACGUUGGGGUUGGUUGACGACAGGUGUGUGGUCCAGCCGGAUGCAGGGGACCUGGCCAAUCCCCCUAAAAAGUUCAGAGACUGCCUGUUUAAGGUAUGUCCCAUGAACAGAUACUCGGCCCAGAAGCAGUUCCAGAAGGCCAAGCAGGGCAAACAAGGCAAUAACACGCAGGGCGAUCUGUUCAAGAAGCUGCAGAAUGCUGCAGAACUGGAGAAGAAACAGAACGAGACGGAGGGCAAGAAGCUCCUAGGAGAGAUUGUGAAGUACAGCAGUGUCAUUCAGCUACUGCAUAUCAAGAGCAAUAAGUACCUGACGGUGAACAAGCGCCUGCCAGCGCUCCUGGAGAAGAAUGCCAUGCGCGUGUCACUGGAUAACGCGGGCAACGAGGGCUCCUGGUUCUACAUCCAGCCCUUCUGGAAGCUCCGCAGUGAGGGAGAUAAUGUGGUCGGUGGAGAUAAGGUUGUCCUGAUGCCAGUGAACGCAGGACAGCCUCUCCAUGCCAGCAACAUUGAGCUUCUAGACAACCGUGGCUGCAAGGAGGUCAACGCUGUGAACUGCAACACUAGCUGGAAGGUCACGCUCUUCAUGAAGUUCAGUGACUACAGAGACGACGUCCUCAAGGGGGGGGAUGUGGUCAGGCUCUUCCAUGCUGAGCAGGAGAAGUUCCUCACAGGUGAUGAGUAUAGGAAGCAGCAGCACGUCUUCCUCAGGACCACACUCCGCCAAUCAGCAACCUCCGCCACCAGCUCCAAAGCCCUCUGGGAAAUUGAGGUGGUGCACUAUGACCCCUGCCGAGGAGGCGCCGGCCAGUGGAAUAGCCUGUUCCGCUUCAAGCACUUGGCCACCGGCAACUACCUCGCUGCUGAGGUGAAUCCUGAUUUUAGGGAGGACAGCAUAGACCAGAAAGGAGAGGUGGAGACUGAGAGUGUUUUCUCCAAGAAGAAGCGGCUGGCAGGAGAGAAGAUCGCCUUCACCCUGGUGUCUGUGCCCCACGGCAAUGACAUCGCUUCGCUGUUUGAGCUGGAUGCCACCACUCUGCAGCGGGCAGACUGCCUUGUGCCCAGGAACUCUUACGUACGGCUGCGUCACCUAUGCACAAAUACCUGGGUGACUAGCACUAGCAUCCCCAUUGAUGCUGAAGAAGAGAGGCCAGUCAUGCUCAAGAUUGGCACCUGCUCCACCAAGGAGGACAAGGAGGCCUUUGCCAUUGUGUCUGUGCCACUGUUUGAGGUCAGGGACCUGGACUUUGCCAACGAUGCCAACAAGGUGCUGGAGUCCACCGUGGGCAAGAUGGAGAACAGCAACAUCACCCAGAACGAGAGGAGGUUUGUCACAAAGUUACUGGAGGACUUGAUCUUCUUUGUGUGCGACGUGCCCAAUAACGGCCAGGAGGUGCUGUCAGUGGUCAUCUCCAACCCCAACAGAGAGAGGCAGAAACUAAUGCGGGAGCAGAAUAUACUCGCACAGAUCUUUGGCAUUCUGAAAGCUCCGUUCACUGAUCAUGGAGACGGCCCCAUGCUGAAGCUGGAGGAUCUUGGAGACCAGCGCUACGCCCCCUUCAAGUACAUGCUGCGCCUCUGCUACAGGGUGCUACGCCACUCCCAGCAGGACUACCGCAAGAACCAGGAGUACAUCGCUAAGAAGUUCUCCAUCAUGCAGUCCCAGAUCGGCUACGAGAUCCUGGCCGAGGACACCAUCACGGCGCUGCUGCACAACAACCGCAAGCUUCUGGAGAAGCACAUCACCGCCAAGGAGAUAGAGACCUUCGUCAACCUACUGAGGCGCAACCGCGAGCCCAGGUUCCUGGACUACCUGUCGGAUCUGUGUGUGUCCAACAAGACGGCCAUCCCUGUCACUCAGGAGCUUAUCUGCAAGUUCAUGCUCAACCCCAUCAACGCCGACAUCCUUAUCCAGACCAAACUGAUCCCACAAACAGAGACCCCUCUGGAGUCCUCGCUCAUGCAGGAUGAGUGUGACGAUGAGGAGGCGUGGCUCUACUGGAUUGACAGCAACAAGGAGCCGCAUGGCAAGUCCAUCCGCCACCUGGCCCAGGACGCCAAGGGCAACCACAAGAUGGACGUGGACAUCAUCACCUAUUACAGGUACCAGUUGAAUCUCUUUGCUAAGAUGUGUCUGGACCGGCAGUAUCUGGCCAUCAACCAGAUCUCCAGCCAGCUGCCGGUGGACCUGAUCCUGCGCUGCAUGUUCGACGACUGCCUGCCCUACAACCUGCGCGCCUCCUUCUGCCGUCUCAUGCUGCACAUGCACGUGGACCGCGACCCCCAGGAGGCCGUGGUGCCCGUGCGCUACGCCCGCCUCUGGACCGAGAUCCCGUCCAAGAUCACCAUCCACGAGUACGAGUAUGAGUUCCGGGACAUAUCCCGGGAGGAGAUGAAGAGGAAGUUUGCGCCCACCAUGGAGUUUGUGGAGGAGUACCUGAGAGACGUGGUCAGUCAGGCCUACCCUUUUGGAGACGAGGACAAGAACGAGCUGACCCUGGAGGUGGUGAAUCUGGCACGGCACCUGGUCUACUUUGGCUUCUACAGCUUCAGUGAGCUGCUGAGACUCACGCGCACCCUGCUGGCCAUUCUGGACAUUGUGCAGCCCGCACUCACCUACAUGGCCAAACUCAACAAGAGCCCAGAGGGAGGGAACAAUGUUCUGCGCACCAUCCAUGGAGUUGGGGAGAUGAUGAGUCAGAUGGUUCUGCGGGGUUCUGUUCCGCUCAGCUUGCCUGAUUCCCCGCCAGCCUCUCGCCACGGAAAACCUCUGUUUAUCCCAGACAACGAGGACGUCAAGGUGAUGGACACCAAGCUGCGGAUCAUCGAGAUUCUCCAGUUCAUCCUGAGCGUGCGGUUGGACUACCGCAUAACGUACUUGCUGUCCAUCUAUAAAAAAGAGUUUGGUGACCAGAGUUUGACUGACGGCUCAAUGUCUGUGGCCGACUACCCUCCCAUAUCAGUGUCAGAGCCAGAUAUCGAUGAGAUUGCUGCGAAAGCAGAGACUAUGUUUGCUGGAAGUAAAGAGAGGAGCACGGUGGAGCUGGAUGACGAGGGUGGCAGGACGUUCCUGAGGGUCCUCAUCCACCUCAUCAUGCAAGACUACCCUCCUCUGGUGUCCGGAUCCCUGCAGCUCAUCUUCAAGCACUUCAGCCAGAGAGCAGAUGUCCUGCAGGCCUUCAAACAGGUCCAGCUGCUGGUGUCUGAGCAGGACGUGGAGAACUACAAGCAGAUCAAGGUGGACCUUGACCAGCUCCGGCUGACGGUGGAGAAGUCCGAACUCUGGGUGGAGAAGACCGGAGGCUACGGCAGCGAAGACAUCGGAGACGGCCAGAAGCAGGAGCAGAACAUGGAGGAGGCUGGUAUCCUGAGCCCAGUGAAUGAUGGGGACGUAAAACCACAGAUUGACAGCAACAAAGCCAACAACUACAAUAUAGUCAAGGAGAUCCUGAUAAGGCUCAGCAAGCUGUGCUACCCCACGAAGAAGAGCAAGGUUCAGCAGCAGAGACUCCUGAAGAACAUGGGAGCCCACACCGUGGUGCUGGACCUGCUGCAGAUCCCCUAUGAGAAGAGUGAUGAGAAGAUGAAUGAGAUCAUGCAGCUGGCCCAUGGCUUCCUGCAGAACUUCUGUCGAGACAACCCCCAAAACCAGACGCUGCUCCACAAGCACCUCAACCUCUUCCUCACGCCCGGGCUCCUUGAGGCGAAGACGAUGCGCUACAUCUUCAGGAACAACUACCACCUGUGUAACGAGAUCAGCGACCGCGUCGUGCACCACUUUGUCCACUGCAUCGAGACGCACGGACGCCACGUCCAGUACCUGCGCUUCCUCCAGACCAUCGUCAAGGCCGACGGGAAGUACGUGAAGAAGUGCCAGGACAAAGUCAUGACUGAGGUGAGUACUGCGGGACAGAGGCAAGUCAUGACUGAGCUGGUGAACGGCGGCGAGGAUGUGCUGGUGUUCUACAACGACCGCGCUUCGUUCCCAGUCCUCCUGCAGAUGAUGAACUCGGAGCGGGAGCGGUCAGACAUGGGCGGGGCCCUAGCCUACCACAACACGCUGGUGGAGCUGCUGGCCGCCUGCACCGAGGGCAAGAACGUCUACACUGAGCUCAAGUGCAACUCCCUGCUGCCGCUCGAUGACAUUGUUAACGUGGUCACCCAUGACGACUGCAUCCCAGAGGUGAAGAUAGCAUACGUGAACUUCGUGAAUCACUGCUACGUGGACACUGAGGUGGAGAUGAAAGAGAUCUACACCAGCCACCACAUCUGGAAGCUUUUUGAGAACUUCCUGGUGGACAUGGCCAGGGUGUGCAACACGACCACGGACCGCAAGCACGCCGACCCCACGCUGGAGAAGUUCGUCACCGAGGUGGUCAUGGCCAUCAUCAAGGGCUUCUUCGGAUCACAGUUCUACGUCAACAGCUCCAACCUGCAGACGCACCAGCCCAUCUUCAUUCAGCUGCUGCAGUCGUCCUUCAGGGUGUACAACUGCCCCUGGCUCAACGCCGCCCAGAAGACCAACAUCGAAGGUUGCAUCAAGACCCUCGCUGACGUGGCCAAGAACCGUGCCAUUGCCAUCCCAGUGGACCUGGACAGUCAGGUGAACACCCUGUCCUUGAAGACCCACACCAACAUGGUGCAGCGGGCCGCCAAAGACUGGAGGCUGUCCGCCCGCGCCCGGCCACGCAAAGAGCCCUUUGGCUCACCCGACUACAAGAGUAUCAUCGAGAAGCUACAGGGCGUGGUGUCAUGUCUGGAGGAGCAGUUCAGCCCUAAGGUGCAGGCUGAGUUCUCGGUGCUGGUGGACGUGCUGCACAGCCCUGAGCUGCUCUUCCCAGAGGCGGCCAGACUUCGCUGCCAGAGAGGAGCCUUCAUGUCCAAGCUGAUUAAGCACACCAAGAAGCUGAUGGAGAAAGAGGAGAAGAUGUGCAUCAAGAUCCUGCAGACGCUGCGUGCCAUGCUGGACAAGAGGGAGAGCAUGGAGGAGACUGGCACCAUUCUGAGGAGGAUCCUCCUGACCCGCUAUUUUGGAAACCAGCGCCUCCCCUCCAAGCCCGACUCCAGCGCACCGGGAGCCUUUAGCAAGACAUCCUCUGGAGGGGGCUCUCCCGGGGAGGGCCACGACAAGCCAGGCUUCAGCAUGGUGGACAUCCAGUGGCUGCUGGACAAUGUGGGCGCCUCGGAGCUGGUCAUCGACCUCAUCGUCAGCACCAAGAACGACCGCGUGUUCGAGGAGAGCGUCCUCCUGGGCAUCGCAUUACUCCGGGGAGGGAACACACAGAUACAGAAUUCUUUCCACAGCCAGCUGCACAAGCAGAAGAAGUCGGAGCGCUUCUUCAAGGUGUUCUACGACCGCAUGCGGCUGGCCCAGCAGGAGAUCCGCGCCACCGUGUCGGUCAACACGUUUGAGCUGAGCAGCAGGAAGAGGGAGGAUGAUUCCGAGGGCUCCGGGAUCAGGCACAAGAAGCAGGGAAGAGACUCUCUCUAUCUGAAGGAGGACAUGAGAGGCCAGCUCAAAGAGGCCUCCUCCGCCACCUCCAAGGCCUACAGCACCAUCCGCAAGGAGCUGGACUCAGACCUGGAGCUGCUGGGCUCGGUCGGGGAGGCGUCGGACCUGGAGGAGGAGCUGGAGGAGACGCAGAUGAGCGCGCCCAUCACCAUCAUGAAGCCCAUCCUGCGCUUCCUGCAGCUGCUCUGUGAGAACCACAACAGGAACCUCCAGAACUUCCUGCGCCACCAAAACAACAAGACCAACUACAACCUGGUGUGCGAGACGCUGCAGUUUCUGGACUGCAUCUGCGGCAGCACCACGGGGGGCCUGGGCCUGCUGGGACUCUACAUCAACCAGAGGAAUGUAGACUUGGUCAUCCAGACUCUGGAGACCAUCACCGAGUACUGCCAAGGGCCCUGCAACGAGAACCAGGCCUGCAUAGCCAAGCACGAAUCCAAUGGCAUUGACAUCAUCAUCGCCCUUAUCGUCAAUCCCAUCAAUCCCCUGGGCAAGCACAGGCUGGACCUGGUGCUGGAGCUGAAGAACAACGCGUCCAAACUGCUGCUGGCCAUCAUGGAGAGCCGGCACGACAGUGAGAACGCCGAGGAGAUCCUGGACAAGAUGAGGCCCAAUGAACUGGUGGAUGUGAUGAAGGAGGCGUAUCACCAGGGGGUGGAGAACGAAGAGGAGGAGCUGAUCGGAGACAGCAUCAGGUCCAAAGAUGUCGGCCACAACAUCUACAUCCUGGCACAUCAGGUGCUGCGGCAAGGGGGAGGAGGAGGAGGAACAGGAGUCUCCGGCGGUCCCGAAAGACGGCAGGUGCACAGACAUCAGUUGGCACGACACAGCAGGAUCCUGCAGCAGAGCCUUAAGCCAGGAGUGGAGGUAGACGAAGAAGGCGACGAUGCUCUAAGUUACUACGCCAACCACACCGCUCAAAUAGAGAUUGUGCGUCACGACCGCAGCAUGGAGCAGAUCGUGUUCCCGGUGCCCAGCAUCUGCGAGUACCUGACGGAGGAGUCCAAGGUGCGCGUCUUCACCUCCACGGAGCGUGACGACCAGGGCAGUAAGGUCAACGACUUCUUCCAGCAGUUUGAUGACCUCUACAACGAGAUGAGCUGGCAGAAGAAGAUCCGCAAUAACGCUCCUUUGUUCUGGUUCUCGCGGCACAUCUCUCUGUGGGGCAGCAUCUCCUUUAACCUGGCCGUGUUGGUCAACCUGGUCGUGGCUCUGUUCUAUCCUUUUGGAGAUGAUGAUGAUGAAGGUGUCCUGUCCCCCUUCUUGUCUAUUCUGCUGUGGGUGGCGAUGGUCGUGAGCACCGCCAUGCUCUUCCUGCUGCCCAGGCCGGGGAACAUCCGAGCCUUCCUCCUGUGUGGAAUCCUGCGCUCCAUCUACACGCUGGGCCUGGGCCCCACGCUGCUGUUACUGGGGGCUGCCAAUCUGCUGAAUAAGAUUGUGUUUCUGGUGAGCUUCAUUGGCAACCGGGGAACUUUUCCGCGCGGAUACAAAGCCGUCGUGCAGGACAUAUCCUUCCUGUAUCACAUGACCUACGUGGUGGUCUGCAUGCUGGGCCUGUUCGUGCACGAGUUCUUCUACAGUUUCCUGCUGUUUGACCUAGUGUACAGGGAGGAGACGUUAUUGAACGUGAUCAAGAGUGUGACGCGGAAUGGCCGCUCCAUCAUCCUGACAGCUGUGCUGGCGCUCAUCCUGGUGUACCUCUUCUCCAUCGUGGGCUUCCUCUUCCUCAAGGACGACUUCAGCAUGCCCGUGGAUCGCCUCCCCGCAGCAGAGAGGGAAGCAGCCGCGCUGAGAGAUGUCGAUACGUGUACGAAGGACAGCUGCCCGGGACCCACCCCAAUGUUGGAGGAGGAUGAUGGGACGGAGCGUAUGUGCGAUACCCUGCUCAUGUGCAUCGUGACUGUCCUCAACCAGGGCCUGCGGAAUGGCGGUGGCAUCGGAGACAUGCUGAGGAAGCCCUCCAAAGAUGAGCCUCUGUUUGCAGCACGCGUCGUGUACGACCUGCUCUUCUUCUUCAUCGUCAUCAUCAUCGUGCUCAACCUCAUCUUUGGUGUGAUCAUCGACACCUUCGCCGACCUCAGGAGUGAGAAGCAGCGGAAGGAGGAGAUCCUGAAGACCACCUGCUUCAUCUGUGGACUGGAGAGGGACAAGUUCGACAACAAGACGGUGUCGUUCGAGGAGCACAUCAAGUCGGAGCACAGCAUGUGGCACUACCUGUACUUCCUGGUGCUGGUGCGUGUCAAGGACCCCACGGAGUACACGGGGCCCGAGAGCUACGUGGCCAAGAUGAUCAAGGAAAAGAACCUGGACUGGUUCCCACGCAUGCGCGCCAUGUCUCUGGUGAGCAGCGAGGGGGAGAGCGAACAGAACGAGCUGCGCUCGCUGCAGGAGAAGCUGGACGGCACCAUGGUCCUGGUGAUCCAGCUGUCCGGCCAGCUGUCCGAGCUCAAGGAACAGAUGACUGAGCAGAGGAAGAACAAGCAGAGGAUGGGUUUCCUGGGGCCACCGCAGAUGAACCACCAUGGCAUCGCACCAGCGCACUGAUGGCUAGUGCGCACGCAAGAACACACACACGCACGCACGCUCGCACGCACGCACACACACACACACACACACACACACACAAAUACACUCAACAGCAUGACUGGUAUGAGGUAAAAUACUCAGUUAAACAUAAUUCCAAUGGAUGCAAAGGGUUAAAGACAUACAAAACACACACACACACACACACACACACACACACACUUACUCAUACAUUUACAAACUAACACAAACACAGGUCAGAUAGGCACUGGUAUACUCAACCCUCUGGUGUUCAGAGCUCCAGCCCCUCUGUGUCGGGAGCAGCACUGCACAUCAAGCCGUGUGUGUGGUGUGUGUGGUGUGUGUGGUGUGUGUGGUGUGUGUGGUGUGUGUGGUGUGUGUGGUGUGUGUGGUGUGGUGUGUGUGUGGUGUGUGUGGUGUGUGGUGUGUGUGGUGUGUGUGGUGUGUGUGGUGUGCUGGAGGCCUCUGAAGUCUCUCCUGUCACUAACGCCUGGAGCGCCACACAGACCCACUUCCAUGGAAACUCAGUGAGGUUUAAGCUGCAGAUAGUAGAGGCCUUAGCAGUUAGCCUGCCCUUGUGCCUGAUGUAUGGGCCAAAGGGCGGAGUGCAGGGGUCAUGUACUAAUGGUGACACUGGAACUACCAGUCCAAGUGUCACUUAAGGAUGAAGUCUCACAUUCUUAGUGCUCUUUGGAAUAGUAUUACUUUUUAUGGUGUGUGUCAUGCAUGUGUGUGUGUGAGAGAGAAAGAGAGAGAGAGAGAAAGUGUGUUUUUGUGUAUGCAUAUAUGUAUAUGUGAAUGUAUGUGGGGAUGAGUCUGUGUGUUUAAACAAAGUGCCAUUUUAAUGUAGACAGAUCACAAAGGGACAAACUGGAGUGUUCUGUACUGACCUGGAGUCCAGGUGCGUGGUGAGCGGCGCACGCCUGUCACUCUGGAAAGCCUUCCAUGUGCCUCACACUACGGCCUUGCCUCCCUCCCUCCCCGAGUAGCGGACCGCUGACUGGGGAGUGGCCUUUAGGAAUCCCGGGAGGGAAGCAGAAGGCGCUGUAAAAAAAAAAAAAAAAAAAAAAAGGCAUCAUCUCCUCGGCAGGCAGCCGCCCGCUGUGCCUCACCCCGGCGUGUCGGGUUUUUCCACAGUAAUGUUUAGCUUUCAGAGAAUUUGUCGCGUCAUUUUUAUCUUGUUUGUGUCUUACGUCAAAACCUGUGUGCCUCUCGUGAAAAAUGGGCUGCAUGUGCCUUCCUAACAAAGUUGUACAUAAAAUAGAUUAAAAGAUUGAAUAUUAAGAAAAUUAGGUUUAUUUCUGUGGAAUGUACUUGAAGAAAAACAAAUGUGUCUUAUGUCUCGUGUUGGUACAUAGUGGGGGCUAACCCAGGAACACUGGACCGCAUAGCGGGAUCCUACUGCUAUGUUCACUUACAGCAGAUUCGAGGGAUCCUAUUGCUAUGUUCACUUACAGCAGAUUCGAGGGAUCCUACUGCUAUGUUCACUUACAGCAGAUUCGAGGGAUCCUACUGCUAUGUUCACUUACAGCGGAUUCUAAUCUUUCUUGUCUGCUGGUGUGAUGUCUGUGAUGUCGACACCCAAAGGGAAAAUCCUGCCAGUGAUAAGAGUGUUCAGUAAAAAUGUGUUCUGAUAAAUUUGCACAAUGGAGCUACAUGAGUAUGCUCUUCGAAUGAAACGGUCCUUGUCAUGUUUAAUGGUAAAGGAAUGCAAGAUGUAUUUUAUGUGGUUCACACCUACUGUAAUAAAGCUGUGAUAAGAUAGGAA